UUCCUACCCCCAGUUGUUCCGAUUAGGUGUUUGUAGGAGACUUGCUGAUCUUGUUGGCGGGCUCUUCGCGUGGCAGAGGCGUUGUUAAGUGUAAAGUGAAGAUUGCAUUUUGUAUGAGACCUUGACUUUUUUUUUUCCUUGCAGUAUAUUUUUAUACACUUUGUUAUAAAAUAUGGUGCUGGGGAAGGUGAAGAGUUUGACAAUAAGCUUUGACUGUCUCAAUGACAGCAAUAUCCCCGUCUAUUCUAGUGGGGACACAGUCUCAGGAAGGGUCAAUUUAGAAGUUACUGGGGAAGUUAGAGUGAAAUCUCUUAAAAUUCUUGCAAGAGGACAUGCAAAAGUACGUUGGACUGAAUCUAGAAAUGCUGGAUCCAACACUGCCUAUACACAAAAUUACACUGAAGAAGUAGAGUAUUUUAACCAUAAGGACGUUCUACUCGGGCACGAAAGAGAUGAUGACAAUUCUGAAGAAGGCCUUCACACCAUUUGUUCAGGAAGGCAUGAAUAUGCAUUCAGCUUUGAGCUUCCACAGAUACCACUUGCUACCUCAUUUGAAGGCAGACAUGGCAGUGUGCGCUAUUGGGUGAAAGCUGAAUUGCAUAGGCCUUGGCUUCUACCAGUAAAAUUAAAGAAGGUAUUUACAGUCUUUGAACAUAUAGAUAUCAACACUCCUUCGUUACUGUCACCCCAAGCAGGCACAAAAGAAAAGACUCUAUGUUGUUGGCUUUGUACCUCAGGCCCAAUAUCCUUAAGUGCCAAAAUUGAAAGAAAGGGCUACACCCCAGGUGAAUCAAUUCAGAUCUUUGCUGAGAUUGAGAAUUGCUCUUCCCGUAUGGUGGUGCCAAAGGCAACCAUUUACCAAACACAGGCAUUCUAUGCCAAAGGGAAAAUGAAGGAAGUCAAACAGCUUGUUGCCAACCUCCGUGGGGAAUCCUUGUCAUCUGGCAAAACAGAAACCUGGAAUGGCAAACAGUUGAAAAUUCCACCUGUUUCCCCUUCAAUCCUUGACUGUAGUAUAAUCCGUGUGGAGUAUUCACUGAUGGUAUAUGUUGAUAUUCCAGGAGCCAUGGAUUUAUUCCUUAACUUACCACUGGUCAUUGGUACCAUUCCUCUACAUCCAUUUGGUAGCAGAACAUCAAGUGUGAGCAGCCAGGGUAGCAUGAACGUGAAUUGGCUUAGUCUGACACUGCCUGAAAGACCAGAAGCACCUCCUAGCUAUGCAGAUGUGGUCACAGAGGAAAAUGGACAGUCCAGCCUUGCACCUAUAGCUGCUUUUGAUGAUUUUGAGAGAACACUUCAAGGACCAUUAUUUGCAUACAUCCAGGAGUUCCGUUUUCUGCCUCCACCCCUAUAUUCAGAAGUGCUCUGUGAGAUACCUUGGCUUCUCUAUCAUGCUAUUUCCUGGAGCUGCAGACCUGGAAGAUUGAUCCAAACCCAGAUCAGCCCACAGAUGAGAGACCAUCUUGCCCCUCUCAUUGAAGGAAUCCAUAAAAAGCUGACUUGACUUGGGUUUUGAAUCAUACCUGUUAUGUUGAAGAUCAAGGUGUCAUAGUGGAGACUUGCUUUUAAAGGAAAUGGUAUUACUCUUGCCUGUACAGUGAAUAAAUGAAAACAACCUGUGAUCAUGCAUUGACACCUACAGCAUGUCAUAGGACUGCUUCACGUGCUUGAAAACCUGAGCACCCCCCCCUUAAAGUGGCACGUACUAGGAGCAGCCUUACUAGUGUCAUAUGCUUCAUAACACUCAAACCAUGUUGUAAGAGAGGAAUGGCUGCUUCUUAUGAUUUGAAAAUUUGCAUAUGCUUAUUGCUUAUGUUAUGCGGUUCAGUGUUACUACAGCUUUUUCUCGUUUAUGAUGGACUGUUGUUACCCCCCUUAAUUGUUUCUGAUCUGCACAAGGAACAAAAGAAAGCUUUGACAAAAAAAAAAAAAAGCGAUGAAGUCUGACAAAUGCACUGGCUUUUUUUUUUUUAAUUAAUGUAGCUUGGACUUUACAUCCAUAUGCACAUGCUCAGAAUUUUCCUAGUAGGCUGAUCAUGUAUCACCUCUCCAGCUUGGAUCCUAUUGUGGAUUUAUUUACAAACAUCAUGUGCCUUCAAGCCAACCCUUGCUGUAUGUUUUGCAGCCAGCUGCAGUAGACAAGCAACAGAUAUAUGGGGAUGGGGGGAAGAGAUAACAGAAGGAAACUAAUUAAGAGACUUUGUCAAGAUUGUAUACCUUCUUAAUUUCUUUUAAUAAUUUGUUGCCUCUAUGCUAUUAUUGCAAAGCAACAUUUUGUUACAGACUGGCUAAAGAUCACUUAAUCUCAGGUGAACUCAUCACUUGCCAAACUGUUAGAAUGCCAUUUGUUUUGUUACGUUGCACUGUUGAGUUAUUUCUUUUGUUUUGUGUUCAAGUUUUGGUUUUGUUCUUUGGGGGGGUAUUUUGAAUAGGGACAUGCACAAAACUUAAAAAGUUAAAGCAGCACUAGAAGAUGCCAGCAAAGUGUGAAAAGAACUUUAAAAGGGGAUAGUCGUAUGCUGUCCAGGGCUCAUAGGCAGAGAGAUAUCUCAGCUAGUAGGGAUAGGAAGGAGAAGAUUUGGUUGGUUGGUUUGUGUUUGGGUUGUUCUUUUGUUUUGGUGGUGGGUUUUGGUUUUUGUGUUUUGGUUUUUUUUUAAUAAUACAUAGUUACCUAAUCACCAAAAAUUAUAUGCAAAAUGAGUCUCCAGUAGAAAGUAUAUUUCAGACUGCAAGAAAAGUUUGAACUAUGGCAACUAAGUAGCAGCUCUGUUUGUGCACUUUGUGUUAUCUUCAGGUUUUAUGAUACUGUAAAAAUAGUAAGACUAAAACUAUAAUAAAACUGGGCCAGAGUAUCGGUGUUACCAGCCAUA